GGUGGGUGGCUUGUAGUGUCAGCCAUAGUGACACCCAGAACUGCCCACUUACCUUCUACAAUCUGUUCACUGAAUUUCAGGAACGGAGCAUUUGAAGAUUCCCAAUCCACUGCGAAAUUUGAAAAUGUAUAGCCAACACCAGUGUCGGUGCUGGUCAGACAGACUGCCCGUCUGUAGGCAUAGCUGGAGAAGACAUCUUGGUGGAUUUGGCUACGAUUUGUGCGGGCAACAGCAGGACGAAGGGGACAGCAAUGUUGCAUGGACACAUGAACAACCAACUGUGUGUUAUUAUUCAGGUGAUGGUGACCUCACCCAUAACUAUGUUGAGAUUGAGACAGAUUCCUGCCUGACUAUUGCUGGACAAGAUUUCGGAGAGCCCCACAUUGGACAGGAGCUGGGCGACCAUGGUGUCUGGAUGCAACCAUCCCACCCAAGUGAUGAUGGCAGAGAAGAUAUUCCUGGAGUGUCUCAUCUCCCAACAAGUCAAAGAACGAAUGAAGCAUCAGAACCGGUUGAAGACUGCGUAUGCUCAUGCAGGACAGGACGUUCGAGGUGGAGCAAUGGAGCAAACCAUCAGUGUCUGUGUCUGCCUCCGCCAUGUUUCAAUGUGAGGAAGACGCUGGUGGUGGGUGUUGAGGUGGAUGUUCUCGAAGAGUUGGUUUAUGAGGAUACAGAAAUCCUGCAUGAGCAGACAGUGUUUGACGAAGGCCUGGAGAACAAUCUGAUGGACUCCACCUCUUGUGUUUGCAACCAGUUAUUUCCUAAGUGAUUGUAAAAAAAUAUGCAAAUUAUCAUUAUUAUUUUGCAGUUUUGCAGAUGUUUACUUCAAUUUCUAGAUGACUAGUUGCAAGUCCUGUAGAAAGGGUGAUAAUGUAGUCGUCAUUGUCAUUAAUAGUUUGCGUGAUAACAAUAUUUACGAUAAUGCUAAUUUCUGCUAGCCAGUGUGCAAAACACUCCUCAGCAUCAAGGGUCCCUUGAUGGGUAGCCUUGGCUGGCUACUCCAGCAUUGGCUAACCGCUAACUUACUCGCCUUAGUCGCCUUAGCUAGCUUCAGUGGCACCAAAAUGUUUGGUUCCACAGUUCUUCUGUUGGAAAAGCUCUUUUCUGGGUUAGUAAUGUAGUCGUCCUCACGUUAACGGAGAUCUUAAACGUCUCCUCUAGUAUCUUUGAUCUGAGACUCUUGCCACCGAAUUCUUGCAAACUUGGGCAAGUUUUCAGAGACACAAACAUGCUGUGCCACAUCGUAAAGUAUUCUGAGCAUAGUUACAGUUUUAAGCCUUUGAAGGACCAACAGGAUGAACUGAUUUGCUACAGCGCCACCCUGAGGCAGACCAGUAGAAGAACACCAAAGGCAGAGGCUCAUCAAUGGUCAAGUCGGAUAAAUAAUGACCUUUUCCUGAAUUUGUAUUUCAGUGUCUAUUAAUCCAAAGCAAACAGCGCAACUGCAUAAUGAUUUUCAGGGACUCCCCAGAGGUUUGAUUUUGAGACAUUCAGGGGGUCCAAGACAUUAAUUAUUAAUUAAUUGGGCCUGGUUCUGAGAAAGAAACAGGCGCAUUGUAUUACAUUGAGUGCUUGGUCACCUGAAACACUAUACAGAGUUUACAGACUUGGACAAUAUUACAUGUAUAAAUGUUAAAAUGUCAUGACAGUGCAUUGAAACAUUUUAGAGAAUCUUGUGACAGAAUUGCUCACAGUGGUGGUGACAGGAACCAGAUGUCCAUCUCUAAAAACUCUGACACAUAGUUUUGUGAUAAAGUUUAGGCUUUAAAUGUAUUUUAGUUUGCAGAUGCAUGCAGGGCGCUGUGGGGCAAAAUAGUCCCCGAAGAAAAUGUCAGAAUAAAAACUCAGAAGGUGUUCUCAGAGGUUCUCUGGUCCUAUUAGAUAGUAAAUAAAGUGGCUAUAUUUGUGUUGUAGACAUGGUGGCCCUUGGUUCCUACCACCACCACUUACAGUGUUUCUAGAGUGAACCACUUCAAUUAAUUUCAAACCAUUAUAAAUUAAUAUGUUUACAUCAUACAGAAAUGUUGAUAAUACGGUGGGGUUGCCCUUUAAGAGGGCCUAACUGUGUGGAGACUUUUAUUAUGAAAAUCGUUAUGCUGUGUAACGCUAGAGCUGUAGGUUAGUUAGCAGGUCUCUUGCUAGAGGAAAGCAAUAUGUUAGAAUGAUUUGAAGACAUUUAGGCCACCUCUCUGUUCUUUUGGAUCUUUUGUUGUUUUAGGCAUUAUUUUCCAUCAAACGCGAACUCGGCCCGCAAAACCGACUUUGGUGAUGGACAAGACCGCCGUGGUGAAGGUCGGGGCGGUGGCCAGCGCCAGCGUGUGCGCCCUGUUCGGCGGGGUGGUCCUGGCUCAGUACAUUUUCACCAAGAAGAAGAGGGCCGGAAAGAAAACGAAGAUCAUCGAAAUGAUGCCAGAGUUUGAGAAGAGCACGGUCCAUAUCAGAGACCCUGACAGGGUGGAGCGGAUAAUCUGCAGUAUGAUCCAGGGAGGGGCCUCCAAACUACAGAUCAUCACAGAUUUUGACAUGACGUUAAGCAAAUUUGCAAUCAAUGGAAAACGUUGCCCCACGUGCCACAACAUCAUUGACAACUGUAAGCUGGUCACAGAAGAGUGUAGGAAAAAGCUGCUUCAAUUGAAAGAGACCUACUAUCCCAUUGAGAUAGACCCACAUCUGACCAUGGAGGAGAAGUACCCAUUCAUGGUGGAGUGGUAUUUUAAGUCCCACUCAUUACUGGUGGAGCAGCGGUUACAGAGAGAGAAACUACCUGAGGUUGUGAGAGAAUCAGAUGUUAGCCUGCGGGAGGGGUACGAGCAGUUCUUUGACCGGCUGCAUCAGCACAGCGUUCCUGUGUUCAUCUUCUCGGCGGGCCUGGGGGACGUGCUGGAGGAGAUCAUCAGACAAGCUGGAGUUUACCACCCCAACAUCAAGGUCGUCUCCAAUUUCAUGGACUUUGACGAGAAUGGCAUUCUGAAAGGUUUUAAAGGAGAGCUGAUCCAUGUGUACAACAAGCACGAUGGUGCACUGAGGAACACGGAGUACUUCAAACAGCUGAAGGAUAACGGCAACAUCAUCCUCCUUGGAGACUCGCUGGGAGACCUCACUAUGGCCGACGGUGUUCCAAACGUAGAGAACAUGCUUAAAAUUGGCUUUCUCAAUGAUAAGGUGGAGGAGUGCUUGGAGAAAUACAUGGACUCUUAUGAUAUUGUUCUGGUGAAGGAUGAAACCCUUGAAGUGCCCAAUUCCAUUUUACAGAAGAUUUUAUGACUCUGUAGUACCGGGUCUCUUGCAGCCCCCAGUGGAAAGACUCACAGCCACUUGUUACUGGAUCACCAGUCACUGGGCUAACACCAGCUCUGUGGGCCACCUGCCACCUCUCACACAUGCACACAAGCCACACACACCACUCACCAUGAUCUUUUAAUAUCACGUUUUCUCUUCAUAAUGAACUUUUUGAAACCUC